GGGAUUUUAGAAUGACUAUUCUCAUUCUCGAUGCGCGCGAUGAGAAAAUUUCAGCGAGCAGAUGACCGGAAUUCUAUGGAUCUCAUUCUCGAAAUGGUAGGUCUAAUCUGGUAUUCCUUGUUUCGACUUCGCGAGAUAUUCUACCAACGGACUGAUCCGUGAUACUCAACCCGAUAGCUCCCGUGGCGUUUGGUGACUCUUCAGCAGCAACACCCCGCUGUGGAACCCCCAAGGUCGGUGAAGGAACGGCGGCAGGCAGCUUCAGCGAAACCUUAACAAUUUGCGGAUGGAUACAAGGCGCAAGUGGACCGUGUUGGGAUCCCACCCCCCCGACAUGCAAAUUCGCAAUGGCGGGCAGCCGCCCCCGGCGCGCGCGUCUGUGAGCAAAUCCGAGACACCGCCCGACUCUCAAGUGUGGCGUUCUCCCGUACUCCGUACCUUACCGCCAAAUCUUUCAGCCCUGUCGAUGUCGACACCGCCCCUCCCUCCCUCUGAAGAACCCCGCGAUAAUUGAUAUCAUUUCCAACGCAACUGCGCGAGCGACCACCACCAACCACGAUCAAACGAUACCCACUCUGCCUCGACGAUCGACUGUUAUCGUGACAAGUGCUCACUCGAGGCCCGGAAAGCUCUUUCAAUUCCCAGCAAUGGCGGCUUUGGCUUCCACUCCCGCCGCGGCGGCACCUACGUCGCAAACCAGCGAAACCUCCAGUCCCUUCGUCUCAAAAUGGUCUUCCCGUUAUCGCGGUGCUACAGUAGAAGACAUCGACCCCCCCGCCGCCCUCUCCCUGACGCCGACCGACCCCAUCUCCCACGCCCUCAUCUCCGCCUUUGAGCGCGACUACACCCACCUGACCGUCGUCGACGCUCACCGCGCCCUCGUCGGCUACCUCGCCAUCCCCCACCUCCAGGCCCUCCUCGACGCCGGCAAGGUCAAGCCCGAGGACCCCCUCUCCAAGGCCAUGGUCCGCUUCCAGCGCAAGGGCCGCACCUACCGCGUCAUCACCAUGCAGACGCCCCUCGAGGAGCUCGAGGCCUUCUUCGCCGGCGACGGCGUCGAGGCGAAGAAGAGCCACUUUGCCGUCAUCACGGACGAGAAGCGGCGGUUCGUGCUCGGCGUCGCGACGGUGCAGGAUCUCGAGGAGUUUGUCAAGAGGAGACCGGCGUGAGUGUGCGCUUGUCGAGGACGGAUUUAAGAGUGAGAGGUUUGGGGCCGAGCAGUGUUAUAUCCAGAAAACUGGGAUGGCGACGACCAUCCAACGGUCGUAAUGAAUCUAUGGCACGACGAAACAUGGUAGAUGAGACGGUUGGCUGCAUCAACUCAGGCGUUGGUGGUUCGCAUGUAGAACCGGAGGGAAGCAUUGGGACAAUGACUGGUACACAGGCAGACGAUUCAACAUUGCUCUCCCUUGUCAUCACGUAUAUCUUUUUUACAAAUGAGCAUCCACGGAA